AGUGUGGAAACAGCAAUGAACUUCUUUAAAACAAUUGCCAUUUCAUCUAAAACUCUUUGUUUUCAAGGUGAAUGGGACCAUCCGUUCGACCCCAACAGCACGCAAAUGAGUCGCUUUUAUAUUGACAAGUACAACAUCGUUCAAGUUCCCAUGAUGUUUAAGGAGGAUAAAUUCUCUACGGCUGAAGACAGUGAGCUGCGCGCUCGAGUGCUGCGUCUUCCAUACCGCGGCGGAGCGGCACUGCUCAUUGUCCUGCCCGACGCCACUGCUGAUUACACCGUCAUAGAUGACGAGAUCAACGCCAAGCGAUUCUUCGGCUGGAUCAAAAACAUGAGGCGAACGAGACUGGAGGUUCAUCUGCCCAAGUUCAAGAUGGAGCAGUCUUACAACAUGCAUGAAAUUCUUCCACAUCUGGGCAUCGACAGCGUUUUCCUCGAUUCAGCCAACCUGACGGGUUUAAGCAAAGAGGGGCAUCUGAAAAUCUCACAGGUGCUGCAUAAAGCCGUCAUCGAGGUUGACGAGAAAGGCACCACCGCAGCCUCCGCCACAUCAGUGGGAAUCACGGCUUAUUCUCUGCCAGCCACUUUCAUUGUCAACAGGCCCUUCUUCUUCUUUCUGUACCAUGAAGCCACUUCUAGCCUGUUGUUCAUGGGGAGAGUGAUCAACCCCACAAAGAACUGAGAAAUCAAACACUGGCUGCCACUGGAGAUGUUCCCUCUUAAACAUAGUGUGUGUUUGACCUUUGGAAGUUGUUUCUAAUGAAGCAAUACUUCACAUAUAAACAUUAUCAAAUUAAAAUCGCACAAAUAUUGCACUCGUCUAUAAUCAUGUCAGACUGACAGAGCAGAUGAACAGUGUGUGGAUGAACACAGUGAACAUAUUCUGAGAAAUAAAGUGAGAAAAUUG